CGACCCAACGGUUCGCCGUUCACGAUAGUAUAAUACCGACGACUCCCCGUCCCAGGGGCCUUCUCCCAAUAAUUUCACAAGUCUCUGCUGCCUCGACCCGUUGACUCAAACUGACUCAAAUUGAUGUGUCUCUUCGUUCCUCAAUCGUAACGAUCCGCUCGACAAUACUUAUUGCUCACCCUUGCCGCCCAACCAUAAGUCAAGUGCGACAGGAUCACCAGGUCCAAUCGUCCUUUCACCGCUUGACUCUCUCAUCAGGACCUGCACCUUUCGAAUUUGCCUGGAACUUGGACUUCGCGCCCAUAAACCACCACUUGCGCACGUAUCUGAUCCUUGAUCCCGGGCUGUCAGUGCACUUACAGCCGACUCGUGGUAACUCGUGCCUCCUCCAGACAACAGCAACGCCGAAACAAUGAACUCCCACGACGAGCUUGCUGCGCUUUUUGCGCAGAACCUCACAUUGCACCAGCCGCACCCGGCUCGCUUCCAAGCCGAGCAGCCACCGGCUCCUCAAGCAGAACCCAUUGUCUAUUCCAUAUCCCAACACUACACCCACUCCGCCCAUGUGAUCCGAGAGGCCCCGCCCGCACCCGAAGUCCAGCGUCCAUCUUCGGAACCACCCCAACUCCAGCAGCCGACACCAGAGAUGAUUCUUCGCGAGUACGGGGUCGAUCCCACUGCCUUGUCUUCUGCACAGCUCGAUCUCUUCAAAACUGCCGAGGACGAGCAGAAGAUGCGCCUCAUCGAACUCUGGCGCAUAUGCCCGCCCUCGAAUCAGCAGAUGGAUGCUAGCCUCGCCUUCAGUAGCACCACGGUAGAUCAGGAGGAGCUGCUUGCGCACAGGCGGUAUGAACAGACCCUCCAGGAGGAGGAGGAGUCUCGGAAGAGACAGAGCCUGCAAAGCAUCAACUCGCUAGAUGGCACCCCGUUGACGCCAGUGCAGACGGAGCACGGGCAGUGGCAAGCCUCAUCGUAUUCUGAGCCAUACAUGCUGUCUGGCUACGAGGCACUGGCUCGCAGGGAAUAUGAAGAGUCCGCCAGGAAAGCGGCGAUGAUCCAGCCCAAGGAGGUGUACAACCACUUUGGAUCGGCAGCAGCUACCCAGCAAUAUCGACCUGCGAUGGACCCUGUUUACAACGCUCACAACAAGGACGAUUUCAUCCGCCAGCAGAUGGAGAACAACUAUGGUGCUUACCAGCAGAUGGACAGCGCCAUGGAGUGGUGAUUUCGGUUUCACUGUGGUCACUCAAGCCUUGCCGUGGUAGAUGCAUGUCUGCGGUGUUGAUUUUGUCGCGAAACCAGGUCUUGUUUGGCUUUUGCAUCAUUUGCAGUUUAAAGAUACCAAUUCAUAAUGAAACAGCAUGUGGUAUGUCUCCACAGCACAGC